CGUCUUUUCUGUCAAUUUGUGUAUCCGAGCAGCGCCGCAUUCACUUCCGUGUCUCCUCAAUCGUUUGCGUCAUUCGUUUAUUAGUCAUUCUUUCUCUUCUUCACUCGCUAUGCGAUCCAUUGCCCUCUUCCUAGCCGGCGCCGGCGCCGUCUCCGCCUACACCGUCACGUCCGCGGACCGGUUCAUGUUGAAGAACAUUGAUCCGAUCGUGUUCCCCGGCCAGUAUGGCAAGAGCCACAUGCACAGUUUCUUCGGGUCGGACGCUGUGACGAUCAACACGACGACGUCGAAGGAGCUCCAGGCGGGCUGUUCUACUGCCGAGAACCCCAACGACUACUCCAUUUACUGGGUCCCCACUCUCUACGUCCGAAAUGACACUGGAACCCAGCCUGUCCCCCUCAGCCGAUUCAGCGCCUACUACGUCUCCAUUGAGAACGCCGAGAUCGCCAUCCCGCAGGACUUCCAGGCCGUCGCCGGCAACGUCUCCGCCGUUUCCCAAGAGGGCGUCGACAGCUUGACUGGCGUGCAGUGGUUCUGCGAAGGCGAGUCCAGCGGCGACAAGGACGUGUCCGCCUUCCCCACGACGACCUGCUCGACCCAUCUCCAGACCCUGCUGCUGUUCCCCGACUGCGUCAACGAGGACAGCCUCGACUCGGCCUACUCGGGAACGCAAAACUGGAGCGGCAGCUUCAAGCCCGCGAACCGCUGCCCGUCGGGAAUGAAGCGCAUCCCGCAGCUGCGAUUCUCCAUCCGCUACGACCUCCGCAAGAUCCUCCCCGACGGCUGGUCCGGCGCGCCGCCUUUCGAGCUCGCAUGCGGAUCGUCGUACUGCUCCCACGGCGACUUCAUCAACGGCUGGCUUCCCGAAGCCGCGGAGAACAUGCUCCUCGCUAACGAUAAGCGCGAGUUUGCUGGCGUUGACGGCCCCGCGGGAGCGUACAAUGCCGGUUCGCUUUGCGGGUCUGAGAAUGCAGAGGACGCGGAUCCCGAGCAUGGAACAAGCGACUACGAGGAGAGCCAAGCCAUUUUGGCCGGAAACUAG